GGCGAGGGUGAAACACCUGCGUCGUGUUCUUGAUGAGACACGCAACAGAGAUGGGUGUGGAGUUUGGAGCGAAAAUCCUGAAUCGGAUUAACAUCAUCCUCUGCGUAGCGUGAAAUUAUGAGCGUGGUGUGAGGUGAUGCGGAGCUUCUUGUGCAGAAUCGUUGCGGGAGGUCAAUCAGCAGCACGGCGCGUCCUUCUCAUGCUGCACACGGAUUAACCAGCGAUCAAGCAACGACGGGACCGACCACGCAGGCUGCGAGUUCCCACACCUGGCCCUCGGACAUGGUUUUAGAAGGGAGCUCCGAGGCCCUGUGCCCCCCUCCGUCCCUGGAGUUGCACUCAACAUGCAACAAGAGCCAGCCAACGUCCCCUCUGGAUUCAGGUUCACAGCCCCAUGAUACUCUCUUCCCUGGUGACAAGGAGCCCAUUAAGUAUGGAGAACUGAUCGUGCUGGGACACAAUGGAUCGUUAGCUGGUGGGGACAAAGGCCGCAGGAGGAGUCGCUUAGCCCUUUACAAAAGACCCAAAGCCAACGGAGUCAAACCUGAUGUCAUCCACAAUGUAUCCACACCUCUGGUUUCAAAGGCCCUGAGCAACAAAAGUCAGCACAGUAUCUCCUACACCUUGUCCAGGAGUCAUUCUGUUAUAGUAGAGUACACACACGACUCCAACACAGAUAUGUUUCAGAUCGGCCGUUCUACAGAGAGCAUGAUUGACUUCGUGGUGACGGACAUGGUGGGCAGCGGCGGGCAGUGUCAAGGGCAGAAUCAAGGGGGUGCUGGAGGAGAGGGCGGCCAGUCAGCCCAGAGCACGAUCUCCCGCUACGCUUGCCGCAUUAUGUGUGAACGCAACGCCCCCUACACAGCCCGCAUCUAUGCUGCCGGCUUCGAUUCUUCCAAAAACAUCUUCCUCGGAGAGCGGGCAGCUAAAUGGCGGACCUCAGAUGGGCUGAUGGAUGGGCUGACGACCAAUGGGGUGUUAGUGAUGCAUCCUGCAGAGGAGUUUGUUUCCGAGGCCACUCCAGGGGUGUGGAGGGAAAUCUCAGUGUGUGGCAAUGUCUUUGCCCUGCGAGAGACACGCUCGGCUCAACAAAGAGGCAAACUGGUGGAGAAUGAGUCAAACACGCUGCAAGACGGCUCUCUGAUCGACCUGUGUGGCGCCACGCUGCUGUGGCGGAGCCCGAGCGGCCUGAGGCGCACGCCCACGCUCAAGCAGCUCGAGUCUCUGCGCCAGGAGCUGAACGCGGCACGUCCACAGUGCCCGGUGGGUUUCAACACGUUAGCCUUUCCCAGCCUCGCCCAACGCGCCACGGUCGACAAGAAGCAGCCGUGGGUCUACAUGAACUGCGGGCACGUGCACGGCUACCACAACUGGGGCUUCCGCCGAGAGAAGGAGAAAGCAGCGGGGGGCGGCGAGCGCGAGUGCCCCAUGUGCAGGAAGGUGGGACCGUACGUGCCCCUGUGGCUGGGCUGCGAGGGCGGCCUGUACCUCGACGCAGGACCCCCGACUCACGCCUUCUGCCCCUGCGGUCACGUGUGCUCGGAGAAGACGGCACACGGCUGGAGCCAGAUCCCACUGCCACACGGAACACAUGCCUUUCAUGCAGCAUGCCCUUUCUGUGGCACGUGGCUCACUGGGCAGCACGGCCAUGUCAAGCUCAUCUUCCAAGGACCCGUUGACUGAGAAUGACUGUGAAAGAGACAAAGACUGGAGGGAAUGGGAGAGCUGUACAGAACUCUGAAAAUGGAAAAGGGGAAAAGUAUUUGAGGACGUGUAAAUAAAGGUGAUGAAAUAAAA